UCUAAUUUCGUUUCGCCAUUUUGAUUAUCAGUUUUCUCGUGCGGCUUGUGGAGGACAGUUUUACGUAUUCUGCAUAUUUUUGGUGGAAACUGUUCUCUAAUCGUGAACAUUCUCGUUCAUCCAGAUCAACUCGUUUGUAAAGAUAUUGAUUUUUGUCUGAAAUCUUGCGUUAUCAUGGCGGCUAAAGACAUCAAAUCAUUUUUCUACGAAUGGUGCCAGAAGAAUAAUGCAAACCCUACUUUUGAAGUGCGGCCAACGGGCCCGAAGCAGCGCCAGCGUUUUCUCUGCGAAGUUCGAGUUCCAUCGGAAUCAUACGUGGGUGCGGGCAAUUCCACUAACAAGAAAGACGCUGAGCGUAAUGCUGCCAAAGAUUUUGUCAAUUAUCUGGUUCGGGUAGGAAAAAUCGCUGCUUCUGAUGUGCCUGCUGAUUGUGGCAGCGAAGGCGGUAGUGGUGGAGCACCCUCUUCAGGCGGUCCACCCUCGUUAAUGGCUAUCAAUCCGGCUAAUGUGUUCCAAGGGGGCCUUGGACCAUCCGAUCUAGGCCAGGCGUAUAGACCCUACGUCAGGGAGAACAACGAGUAUAUUCCGUCGAAGGAAGAAAUAGCUCAAGAUGCGGCCAAUAUGGAGUCGGCUGAAUCGCUAGAUGUGAAUGCUUCCAUCCACGGUAACUGGACGAUUGAGAAUGCCAAGGCCAAACUAAACCAUUGGUUGCAACUGAACAAGUUGAACCCGGAGUACAAGUACACUGCUGUAGGGCCGGACCACGCUAGAAGUUUUAUGGCCGAGAUGACCGUCUUCGUGAAGCAGUUGCGUCGUUCCAUCACCGGUCGUGAGUCUGGUUCGAACAAACAGUCGGCUAGUAAAUCAUGUGCGUUGUCGCUCGUUCGUCAGCUGUUCCAUCUGGGUGUAAUUGAAGCUUACGGCGGCACCAUUAAAUCAGCAAAGGCCCAAGAGCAGCAGAAACCGUUUCCGGUUCGCAUUUCACCGAAACUGGAAAAGCGCAUUGAGGAGUGCUUGCGGGAUGUGGAAAUUCAACCAGUGCAGGUUCGGCAAGAUACUGAUAGCAGCGAACCGGUUAGCUUACUGCAUCCCUCAGAUGAAGUGCACUACAAGCCACAGACCAUUAACUUGAAACAACAGGCAUCUGUCAUUCCGUGGUCUCCGCCACAGCCGAACUGGAAUCCAUGGAUUGCUUGUAACAUUGACGAGGGUUAUUUGGCCACGGCAAAUCUAGAACAGCUGAGCGAAGACUUGUUGAAGGCUUCGCGGGAGCGUAUUCAGCAGGAUCGGGAACUGCAAGAGCGCAUGAAGGAACGUGAGCAGUUGCCGAUUGCUAAGGUACGAGGUAAAAUCAUGGAAGCAAUUAACGAGAAUCCCGUAGUGCUCAUCCGGGGUAACACCGGUUGCGGUAAGACAACUCAAAUCGCUCAGUUCAUCCUUGAGGAUUACAUCAACUCUGGACAGGGCGCUUAUUGUAACAUCUGCGUAACGCAGCCUAGACGAAUCAGUGCAAUCAGUGUCUCCGAGCGAAUUGCUAAUGAGCGAUGUGAGAAUCUGGGCGAAGCAGUUGGUUACUCGGUGCGAUUCGAGUCUGCUCUGCCAAGACCAUACGGUUCAAUCAUGUUCUGUACUAUUGGAGUUUUGCUGAGGAAGCUGGAAGCCGGACUCCGAGGUGUGUCUCAUGUAAUUGUGGAUGAAAUUCACGAACGUGACGUGAACAGCGAUUUUAUUCUGGUUGUGCUUCGAGAUAUGUUGCAUACCUAUCCCGAUCUGCGAGUGAUUCUCAUGUCUGCUACAAUCGACACAACUUUGUUCUCUGACUACUUUGGGAAUUGUCCCUGCAUCGAGGUGGAGGGAAGAGCGUUCCCAGUGGAACAGUUGUUCCUCGAAGAUUGCAUUGAAAUGGUGAACUUCGUUCCCCCUGCCGAUAGCAGGAAACGUAAACGAGGUGCCAAGGAUGACGAUGAGGAAGGUGGAGAGGAUGCAACGAUCAAACUAACCGGUGAAACGGAUACCUCCAAUCUCAACACGAUCAUUGACGAGAGACGUUACUCAAUCCAGACGAAAAAUUCAAUGGCUCGACUUUCGGAAUCGGAGGUUUCCUUCGAAUUAAUUGAAUGUUUACUUAAUUAUAUCGAGUCGCAAAAUGUCCCGGGGGCAGUGCUGGUAUUUUUGCCUGGAUGGAAUUUGAUUUUUGCCCUAAUGAAGUACCUCCAGUCGAAACCGCAGUUCAGUGGCUCAAAGUGCAUUAUUUUGCCACUGCACUCGCAGCUUCCGAGGGAAGAUCAGCGGAAAGUCUUUUCUCACUAUGGAAACGUGCGGAAAGUUAUUUUGGCGACUAACAUUGCCGAGACAUCCAUUACUAUCGACGAUAUUGUCUAUGUGAUUGAUAUUUGCAAAGCUAGAAUGAAGCUGUUUACUUCACAUAACAAUAUGACCAGUUAUGCCACUGUUUGGGCAGCUAGGACUAACUUGGAGCAAAGAAAGGGUCGUGCGGGUCGUGUACGACCGGGAAAAUGCUUUACUCUUUGUUCGCGUGCUCGGUUUGAGAAACUGGACGAACACAUGACUCCUGAAAUGUUCCGUACGCCGCUACAUGAGUUGGCACUGAGCAUCAAACUGCUUCGGCUCGGUUCGAUUGGACAGUUCUUGUCUAAAGCUAUCGAGCCACCGCCAUUGGAUGCGGUUAUUGAAGCAGAGGUCAUGCUGAAAGAAAUGAAAUGUCUGGAUGCUGCAGAAGAGCUGACACCGUUUGGCAAGAUUUUGGCUCGUUUACCGAUUGAGCCCAAGUUGGGCAAGAUGAUGAUUUUAAGUACCUUGUUUGGAGUUUGUGAUCCUAUUGCGACACUUGCUGCCUACUCAGGAACUUUCUCCGAAAUUUUCCAGUUGGAUAUAGGACAACGCCGUUUGAUGACCCAUCAAAAGGCUCUUAGUGGUAAAAGAAACUCGGACUACGUGGCUUUGCUGACUGGUUUCAGGAUGUGGAACGAGAAGCGGCGUCGCGGCGAAGAGGCCGAAAUUCAAUUUUGUGAGUGGAAAGGUUUGCAGCUACCGACUCUUCGUGUAAUUUCUGAAGCUAAGCGACAACUACUGGAACUGCUUUCACAAACAGGUUUUCCCGAAGAAUCUAUGAUUGAAAUGUCUUUUAACCCUGAUGACAAUGAACCACGGUUGGAUAUGGUUUUGUCACUGCUAUGCGUCGGUCUCUACCCUAACGUAUGCGUUCACAAGGAAAAACGUAAGGUGUUAACCACGGAAUCGAAGGCCGCACUCAUCCAUAAAACGUCGGUCAACUGUUCUAACCUUCAGGUUACUUUUUCGCAUCCGUUCUUUGUGUUUGGCGAAAAAAUUCGUACACGAACGGUUGCUUGCAAAUCAAUGUCCAUGGUAGCACCUGUCCAUCUGCUUCUAUUCGGCUGCAAGAAGGUAGAAUGGGUUGACAACAUGGUGCGUAUCGAUAAUUGGUUGAACUACGAAAUGGAUCCCCAUCAGGCCGCACUGAUUGUCACAUUGCGCCCCGUGCUGCAAGAUUUAAUUAUCAGGAUUUCCGAAAAUCCAGAGGAUGCAAAUCAGUUAGAAGAGCGCUACCAAAAUUUGCUGGACGUGGUCAAAGAUCUGUGUGUGUUUGAUGCUGGAGAUUUUGAAAUCCAACGAGAAACUGGUUUAUCGCCGUUGGAUCAGGCGCGCGCCAACUCAAAGUUCCCACGUUCGGAUAACGGUGGUGGCAAUCGUUUCGGAGGUGGACCACGAUCAGGUGGUUUCAAUAAUGGUGGUGGUGGUGGUGGAGGUCGUGGAGGAUAUGGAGGAAACCGUGGUGGAUUUGGUGGUGGUAACAGUUUUGGUGGCAAUGGCGCUGGAGGUGGCUUCGGAGGCGGUCGAGGAGGACGUCGUUGGUAACUCAUUUAAAUUCCAACCAGUGACUAAAGUAAUAUAAUUGUAGUACAUACCUUAUUCAAAAGGGAUAUUAGUAUCCGUAUCCAUUAUUUUAAUCGCAAAUGAGAAUUAAGAGAAAUUUCAGCUACAAUCGCUUUUUGUAGUGUUUGACAAUGUGAAAUUUAAAAUACAAAGUUGAUACACCUAAAA